UUUACCAGCUUGUGGGUGAUUCCCAUGGCCCUUCAAAAGCGACGGUGUUCCGUGCUGUGCAUCGGGUCACACGCGUGAUCGGCAAUGCAUUCUCCGGGGCCGUGCGAUGGGCGGACGACAUGGCUGCCGUGUAGCACGGCUUUUACGGGCGUGCCGGGCUGCCAAAUGUUGUCGGUUGCGUGGACGGAACGCAAAUCCCUAUCCGAGCGCCGAAGUCGCAAAAGGCCCUCUACGUGAACCGCAAAAGCUUCACGUCAAGUAACUGCAUGGCAGUUGCCGGACCUGACCGGAGCAUCUACGCGGCUGUGACGCAUUGCGCUGGUCGGGUCUAUGACGCUCGAGUGCUGCGGACAUCUGGCCUCGUCGAAAUGUACAACCAGGCACACUCGCGCACGAGGGUCGUUGUCGAAAACGCCUUCGGUGUGAUGAAGCGUUGCUUCCCGGCGCCAGAGAUGGGGUUGCGUACGCGUGACCCGAAGAGGUCGCUCCGUGUCAUACGUGCAUGCAUCAUCCUGCACAGCGUGGGCCAGAUGGCAGGUGAUUUUGGGGAAUGGCUCGGCGGUGAAGGCACGCGAGAGACCGCGGUAGGCGGUGACGACCAGGUGGCCGCCUUCGACGAGGGCGGUGCAGCGGAGCGGCGUGCUGAACAGGAGCGCCGCAACGCCGUCAUCUGGUAUGCUAAGUAGCCGCCGGUUCCUCUCGGCUAAAGCGUGCCGGUCGAGCUCGGAUGAGGCGGACACUGCGUGCCGACAGGACGCCGACGGCGAGGAGCUGGCUGUCAAGGUGUUAGCCUGAGCCAGCACCGGGGACUGAAGCUCGUUGCAUAUCACAAAUUUAAGCGCCGGAUCCAAGAGAAGAUCAUGUGUACUGCUAUCUGUUGUACUCCCAGUAUCCCACGACGACACGGUUCUGCCGCCUGCGACGUUGGUCAUGGCCGCUUCGCCCUCCCGAUC